CGCCUGUCAGAGCUAACUUAUCUGAUCUCCCUCUCAAGGCUCUCAUCAUGGCUCCGGCGGCGGACAGGCCGGGCUACUGGGGAACACCGACCUCAACUCUCGACUGGUGCGAGGACAAUUAUGUGGUCACGUAUUACAUCGCAGAAUUCUGGAAUACUGUCAGUAACCUGAUUAUGAUCCUACCUCCCAUUUAUGGAGCCAUUCAGACGUGUAAAGACGGUUUGGAAGUACGCUAUGUGUGGUCCUUUUUAGGACUUGCUGCCGUAGGUAUUGGUUCAUGGAGCUUCCACAUGACACUACAGUAUGAGAUGCAGUUACUGGAUGAGCUGCCGAUGAUCUACAGCUGCUGUGUCUUUGUCUACUGUCUAUAUGAGUGCUUCAAGCAAGAGCGUGCUGUUAACUAUUUGCCAAUUACACUUUUGCUGACCUUCAGUAUUAUUGUUAGUGUGAUUUACCUGAUAUGGAAGGAGCCUGUGUUUCAUCAGGUUAUGUAUGCCGUACUAGUGGCUUUCUUGGUGUUUCGCUCUGUUUUCAUAGUCACUUGGGUGUAUCCAUGGCUAAGAGCCCUCUGCUUUACAUCAUUAAGCAUCUUCCUGUUGGGAUUCCUAUUAUGGAACAUCGAUAAUAUCUUUUGUGACUCUCUAAGAGCCACACGGCAGCGGCUGCCCCCUGUGGUCGGAGCGGUUACGCAGCUUCAUGCUUGGUGGCACAUCUUAACAGGCCUGGGCUCAUAUUUACACAUACUCCUCAGCCUUCAGAUUCGCUCAACCUACCUCAAGCACAGACCAAAAGUGAAGUUUCUGUGUGGCGUCUGGCCGAUGCUGCACAUUGAAUCUCAGAAGGCGAGUUGAAAAGGACCUGAGAAGAGGAAGAUGGACCAAUCACAGACCUCAUACAGACAGAGGUCCAGCCAGUGAGCUUCAGCGGCAGCAGGAAGUGACCAGAGGCUGUCGGUUUGGUUCCCCCGUUCCCUUCUUCCCCUUUCCGCACCGUUUGCCAAGUGCAUUACUGAGAAAGCUGCCCAAAUGAAGGAAAGCUUUUGUCUUUAUUAUAGGGUAGAUGAGAGGUUUGUGGUUUCAUGAUUUUGCACACUGUAAUAUGCUUAGAAAUUGUCCUAAAAAUCAGGGGGUCUAAUUAGCGAGAAAGAAGCAGCCAAAACUAGGAUUUGGUUCCGGCUGGUAUUUCUUUUGUUGUUGCUUUCAUGAGGGAAACUAAUAUAGCUUUGAUGGAUCAUAUCUAGUCAGUUUGGCAUCUCAUAUUUUGUACUUGAACUUAAUGUAGAUUAUGCAAGAUUUUACUUUUAUCUCUACAUUUUUAGAGGUUAUGGAGGUCAAAUUAAGCAGUUCUGAAAAAUGAAUGAAUGUUAGUAAGUUGGGAGGCAAGUAUGAUAUUUUCAUUCUGAAGAUGAGGAUGAGGUAUUAGUGUAACACAUUUUACUGUAAUAAUGGUCAUUGUACUCCGUGUUUUAAGAGAUACAGUAGCAUGUUACAUAAUCGCUUCCAUGUUACACAUAUUACAUAAUAACAUUAUUAAUUACAGUAGAACAGUUUAACAAGUCAUUAAUUGCUUUGCAAAUUAAGUGAGUCACUAAAUCAACAAUGCCACAAUGCAUUAAGCCAUUCAGAAUGAAUCAGUGUUUUUGAACAAACUCGCUUCUUAAGAUCGUCAAGACUCAAAACACAGUUGAUUCAAGGACAAACAAGAACUUAUAGUUGUAUAAAAAUACAUAGUUAAGUGUGAUUGUGCCCUUCAAAAAAAUGUCUAGACCCUCAUGUCACCGAUAUGUAAUUUAAUUGAUUUAAUUUAAUUUAUUCUCAUUUUAGGGAAGCUUAUUAUGAAUAUAGUGUUAAUGUGAUCAUUUUAUGAAGGAAUUAUUAUGAGUGCUAAUUUACAUUGAGCUAAGAUACUUAAAUGUUGUUACUCAGUAAAUUGAUUAAAAUCAUAUUAAACCUUACUAUUACUAGUCAGUGGGUGUCUCAUAAGCUAGAUAGCCCUAUCCAUUCUAUUCUCCUCUCUAAUAUUUACUACUUGAUCUGCCACUGGCUGCACUUGCAGUCAAAAACAAUAACAGUGAAGUUAUGGUUACGUAUGAAGAUUAAUAUUAAUAUUGAUUUGUCAUUUGUGUUAUGUAUUGUGACAAAUCAAUGGUUCAACAAGAACACAAUCAUCUCUGUGUGAAGCACAGUGGAUAAAAAGAAAAUCGUACAUAUUCCAGUGAGGCACAGUGUUCCAGAUAAAGCUUCCGUUGGAGUCGUGUUUGUACCACUGAGGGUGCCUUACAUUAAACUGUAGUUUAUUCCUUGUUGCCUUGAUGUGCAUUGUACUAAAUCACUACAAAUUAAAUAUUCCAUCACAAAUAAAAGAGCUCAGCAUUUUCUCUAGGAGUACAAAUGAACCAACAACAGGAAAAUUAUUGCCACUAUCACUGCAGUUUAGUGCCUAAAUUCACUCACUCAUACAUUUUUGGACCUCUAAUGAUGCUUAUGACUGAAAUGGUGGAUUUUAAUAAUGGAAUAUUGUCUUGUAAAGGCUGUGUAAUGAUUUAUGUAAGUUAUGUGUGUUUAAUGAUUUUUCAUUUCUUUUUUUGGUGCAUUAUAAUGCAUGCUGCCAAAACAUUAAACAUGGUUUUAAUUUAA